UUUUUUUUUUUUUUUUUUUUUUUAGCAUGUUUGAGAAGUAUUGUGAACACUGUUGGAAACAACGGUUCUGAAACGAAGGUUGGGAAGCAUUUGAAAGUAAAGGCUCAAAUUCACACUCCAACUGGGGAUUCUGGAAUAUCUGAUCCGAUCGGUAUGUGGGUCAAUGUAUUGGUGGAUAAUAUAUAUAUUGCAGGGAUGCAAAUGUUAAAAAUUGAAAAAAUCACUCAUACAGAAUUUCAUUACCCCCAAGGACAUAUAAGGGACGCUGUUAGAGCCAUACCACCACCCACUGCAUUUGCUGAUGAUAUCACCACGCGUGGUAUUAAAAGGAAAGAGCCUGGGUCAGGAUCAGUAGUACAUAGUUCUGAAGAAUCAGAUGAAAUAUGUGUGAUACCCAACACCCCUGAGCGAAAACGUCAAAGACAAUCAUGGGAAUCGUCCCCGGAAAAUCGGGUGCCAAGCGUGGAUAAUGCAGAUAAUUGGGAUGAUGAGAUGCUGCAUGCAUGGACCAUUUCUGACUUUUCAGAGGCUUUACCAAUUGAGUCUCAAACAGUAAAGAGUGGUUCAGAGAACGUCGCUCAUGUGUCUGGUUCAGAACCGGAUUCGGAUUCGGAUGCACUACCUUCCAACCAAGAGGCCUUCAAGAAUGAGGGACAAUCCUGUGUAUGCCAGAGUAAGGAUGUGAUGCGGGGACAAUUUCUUGCUUUUAGAGAAGAGAAUGAACUAUUACAUCAGAAGACAAGAGCAGAAAAUGAGAUAUUACGUCAACAAGUGAAAAGUCUCAAAUCAUCCGUUGAAUUGUUGGUAAAAAAUCAGAACAUUGCGUCAGACCACAGACGAAGGGAUAGACUGGAGUAUGAACUCUUUAAUCGGACUGUGACUACCGAGCUCCAGGGACAAAGAGCUGGUUUGAAAGAAGUUAUUGCGUUACUAAGACGUCACGGUUCUAUACAACAGCUCUUAAGAACUGAUCAGGAAUUAACUGUGGAGUUGAUGAAGCAAAUGGUUGAGAAGUUUAUACCUCGGUUUGGUAAGUCCUGAUUGAUUUAAUACAAAUGUGGAUUUACAAAUGUUCAUUAUGUUUAUGUUAUGAUUUUGUGCUAUAUUUUAUGCAUUAUGCUUACGAUGUGGUUUUAGGGUUUCAUUUGUAGGAUUAUUUUUGUGUUCUGGUGUUUUGACACUUUCCAGCUUAUUGUUGAUUAUUUAGUGUGUUUGUGCUAGUUGGUUGUGGAUUUUAAAUAAUUUUGUGUUAAAAAUGGCCACAAAACGUUGUCUGGAGUCAGAUGAUAGUGAACAAAGUCCAGCAGUGAGAUUUAGGUGUGAUAAUGAUUCACAUCAUCAGCAAAGCACAACAGAAACUAUGCGUUAUUUAAUUCAAACAGUCGAAAAUAUGGAUAGACCUAAAUCUAGUACACAAGUAUUGCUAGAUUUGCUAAACACUGUACAAUCAGUGGUGGUAAAUCAAGAAGAAGAAACAGAUUUUGAUGUAGAUCAAUUUUUUAAUCCUCCUCUGACCAACAAUGCAUCUAAUGAUUCGUCAAACACCAAUUUUGAUGUAGAUCAAUUUUUUAAUUCUCCUCUGACCAACAAUGUGUCUAAUGAUUUGGCAAACACAGAUUUUGAUUUGGCAAACACAGAUUUUGAUGUAGACCAAUUUUUUAAUUCUCCUCUGACCAACGAUUUAUCUAAUGAUUUGGCAAACACAGAUUUUAAUGUAGACCCAUUUUUGAACUCUCCUCAGAUAGGUGAGGGGUCAAGUCCCCCCCAGUACCAUGCAUUUGAUCCAGCAGCACCAAACAUGGGUCUUACGCAGGGUGAAAUAGAUUCUCUUGUGAGAGAUGGCGGCAUUGUGCAUGAGUACACAGUGAUCCCCAGAGCUCGAUUCAACGGUUUGGAAAUUCAUAGGCUUAUAAAUCUGCGGCAGAUAUCUUCUACAGAUUUAGCUGUCUACAGUACAUUUUUACAUGACCUAUUGGCUGAAAUUGUUUCAUUUUCCAGAUUAUUAGCAGGUGAUGGGGGGGUUAUUAAUAUUACUUUGCGUGGGUCCAGUUUGACAUCUGAUGUUGAUGCUCUUUUGUCACCUCAAAAUAAUUACGAUCCAGAUCUCUUUAUUAAUCAGCUUGAAAAGAUAUUGCAAAGUAACUCUGAUGUAACUGUCGAUGAGGCUUUGGAUUUGAGAGUGUCGAUAGCAAUGUGUAAAAAUGGUGGUGCUCGUCGAAAGAUGCGUGACCUCUUACAUAACCAAGUAAUCAGUAAAAACAGGAUGAAUUUAUUCUGCCCAACAAACAUUACAAAUAAUCUAUGUUUUACAAUUUGUCUCGCUCAUUUUCUAAACCCAGAGAAACCACACACAGAGUUAGAGGCUGUAGCAGCAUCUAUACAGAAGUCAGCUGGUUUCACAGAUCAGCAUAAAAUAAGUUUUAAUGACAUUUCAUGUUUUGAGCGCAUGCUGAAUAUCAAAAUUGUUACUUUCCAUCGCCCAAAUGCAAGAAUGUUGGAGAAGUAUACAACCACGGACGACCCGCAUCCAAAAACUGUGUUUUUAUAUCUGCAUGAUUCGCAUUACUAUUUGAUAAAAAACCUAAAAGCGUUUUUAGGCGUGCCAUAUGUAUGUGUGUUUUGUUACCAAGGGUAUACUUGUCGCAGAGAUCACAAAUGCAAAUUUGUUUGUGAUGUGUGCAAUUACCCAGACUGUCACACACACCCCAAAAAGAUAAAACACUGUGGCGAUUGCUUGCGAUACUGUACAUCCGAUUAUUGUUUUGAAAUGCAUAAACAUCCCGCCCCUGGUGAGGAAUAUGCACAGUGCACUGUCACCAAAUUCUGCCCCCGAUGUAAUAGACGUUAUCACGUCAGUGGGGCCAAUCCGAAACCACAUAAAUGCGCAGCUGAACAUUGUGUCCAGUGUGGUGAGAGUUUGGUUACCGAUGGGGAGCAUCAGUGCUUUAUUCAACCGAUCAAACCAGAGAAACCAAAUGAUCGCUACAUUUUUUAUGACUUUGAAACAAGACAUGAAAAUAAUACCCACAUUGCAAAUUUUGUCUGUGCAGUCACGUUUAACGGUGAGGAAUUUGUGGCAGAGGGCCCAGAUUGUGUCGAACGUCUCAUUAAAAAGUUCAGACAGCCUUUUUAUAGUAAUUUCACAUGGAUUGCGCAUAAUGCGUCCGGAUUUGAUAAUUUUAUACUUUUGGAAUAUUUCACUAGAAUGGGGAUCACUCCUAAAAUUAUAAUGCAGGGCUGUCGGUUGAU